AUCCGCCAAAAGACAAUGGAGGAGCAGCAAUAAAUAUGUAUGUUGUGGAAAUGUCUGAAGGCUUAAAUGGAAACAAGUGGGACACAAUAUACAGUGGAGCUGCUAGGGAACACGUGUGUGACCGACUAAAUCCUGGCUGUUCCUAUCGCUUACGUGUAUAUUGCAUUGGGGAAGGAGGACAAAGCAUGGCAUCAGAUUCUUUACUGGUGCAGACACCAGCAGUGGUUCCUGGUCCGUGCCAGCCUCCAAGGCUACAGGGUAGACUGAGAGCAAGAGAAAUUCAGCUGCGCUGGGGACCACCUCAAGUAGACGGUGGCUCACCCAUUACCUGUUAUGGUCUGGAAAUGUUUCAGACAGAAACCGAUGAACACAGAGAGGUUUACCAAGGCUCUGAUGUUGAAUGCACAGUAGGCAGCCUUCUUCCAGGGAGGAUGUACAACUUCAGACUGCGAGCAGCUAACAAGGCUGGGUUUGGACCUUAUUCGGAAAAAUGUGAAGUAACUACAGCACCUGGACCACCAGAUCAGUGCAAGCCCCCUCAAGUGGCGUGCAGAUCUGCUGCAUGUGCUCAGGUGUCAUGGGAGGUUCCUGUGAGUAACGGAGCUGACGUCACGGAGUAUCGGCUGGAGUGGGGCGGUGUGGAAGGGUGUAUGCAGAUCUCCUACUGUGGGCCUGGGCUCAACUGUGAAAUGAAAGGGCUUUUGCCUGCCACUAUAUACUAUUGCAGGGUUCAGGCAGCAAAUGUUGCAGGUGCAGGCCCUUUCAGUGAAGUAGUGGCAUGUAUGACUCCAGCCUCUGUACCUGCAGUUGUGACUUGUCUUCGGGGACUGAGUGAAGAUGAAGUUGAAAGUCCACACUAUUCUCCUUCCACAUGCCUUGCUAUAAGCUGGGAAAAACCUUGUGACCAUGGAUCUGAAAUCCUUGGCUACAGCAUAGACUUUGGAGAUAAGCAGCCAAUAACUGUUGGGAAGGUUCUGAGCUAUAUUAUAGAUGGCUUACAGCCAGAUACUACCUACAGAGUACGAAUUCAAGCCCUAAACAGUCUCGGAGCGGGUCCUUUCAGCCACACCAUAAAGCUGAAAACAAAGCCUCUCCCCCCGGAUCCACCUCGCCUAGAAUGUGCUGCCUACAGUUCUCAGACUCUCAAGCUGAAGUGGGGAGAGGGAACUGCAAAAGCAUUAACUGACUCCAUUCAGUACCACCUUCAAAUGGAGGAUAAGAAUGGAAGGUUUGUAUCCUUAUACAGAGGACCAUGUCAUACAUACAAAGUACAAAGACUCAGUGAGUCAACAUCAUACAAAUUUUGUAUUCAGGCAUGUAACGAAGCGGGUGAAGGUCCCCUUUCUCAAGAAUAUGUUUUCACUACUCCCAAAUCCGUUCCAGCUGCCUUGAAAGCACCCAGGAUAGAAAGAAUAAACGACCACACUUGUGAAAUCACGUGGGAGGCUCUGCAGCCCAUGAAAGGUGACCCGGUUAUCUACUGUCUUCAGGUCAUGGUGGGAAAAGACUCGGAAUUCAAACAGAUUUACAAGGGUCCAGACUGGUCCUUCCGCUACACAGGCCUGCAGCUGAACUGUGAAUACCGUUUCCGUGCGUGUGCCAUUCGACAGUGCCAAGAGAGCAUCGGCCACCAGGACCUGAUCGGCCCCUACAGCGCCCCCGUGCUCUUCAUCUCUCAGAGGACUGAGCCAGCGGCCAGCACCAACAAGGACACUGUGCAGACCACAAGGACACAAUGGUCACAGAGCGACCAAGUGUGCGCUGCUGUCAUCCUCGCACUUUUUGCUAUCUUUUCCAUUCUGAUCGCUGUUAUCAUUCAGUACUUCGUAAUAAAGUGAAGAAAAGA